AGUCAACUGAAUAACGAUAAGUAUGAUUCUCAUUUCACUGCAUUGUGUGUGUGAAAUGUGUAUGAGUAACGUUAGAGAGUUAACAGACAUUUCUUCAUUGGGUCGGAGCACAGUGUUCCCACAUAGGCCAUUUUAUAUUGUCAUUAAUAAUUUGACUCAUUUGCUUUCGAGGCUGUUGAUUUUAUGUGUUCACAUUUGGAAAUCUUUUGUUAUUUUUCGUUAAACCUUAGUAAAAUUAACAUUUUAUUAUUCAUUGACAUUUAUUUGCAUGCAACGUUAUUGAAGGAAUAAAGUGAACAAUUAAUGUUGGAAUAAUCAUAUAUGCUUGACACCAGUUGAUAGUUGAUUUUAUAUUACAGAAUUCCAAGUUAAGGCUCCAAAAAGUAUAAUUCAUUCUUGCUCAUUUGUUUUUCAGUUUUGUCUGAAUACGUAAAACUAUCCAGCAUUUUGCUUUACAAAUCGCUGUUUGUUGUAUAAAUUAUCCUUUAAUUUGAUCAGCUUAAUUGCAAUAGAUUCUGUAAACAUCAAGAUUAAGUGCAGCAACUUUGUCAGCUGGAUGCUUUAAAGUAAUCUAAUAAAAGUGGAGAGGAACCUUUGGAAACCACUUAGCCUAUUAAAGGCUUGCAUACCCAUUAGGCUAAAAUUCCCCUGGACAGGAAUAGAUAGCAAUUGAUUGGUAUUUCCUUGCAAAUAUGUGAUCACUUCUACUAAUUUGUAUUUGGUGAAGUCAUGGAGUGGUCUCCAAAUGUUUUUUCGUCGUUGGUCUCACUUAUCAUCCGGCCAAGGAUUAGAAAGCCCUUCUUUCUUCCGGAGCGUAAUAAGGCAGAAGUCAUUACUGUGGAGUUCUAAUAGUCUUAGUGAGGGGGGAACCACCAGGAUGCAGCCUAUGUGUUCACUCUCCCUCAAUUGACUUAGAACCGGCAUUAACAUUAACCUCACCUCUGCAUGACGAGUGAUGGCUUCUUCCACCAACAGCACGGAUGUUCUAGUCGUUUGUAAAACAUAUGCAAAUGAAAGCCGACUCCCCCAGUCCUGCACUGCCUUGCUACGUUUCAGCACAUGCAUUCAUGUUCUGAUUGCAUUAUGCCUAGGGAUGCUAAAGUAUGGUCACUGUAUUUUCAGUCCCCCCCAUAUGUCUGACACGCUGGAUCCGAGCAGAAGCCCAGACCUGCCAGAGCCCAUUGGGUCUGUUGGGGUGGUCGCAUCGCUGCACAAGGUCCCUAAUGGCUACCAAGUUGUUGCACAAACAACAGAUGGCGGAGAUGCAGACCUGUGGAAGGACGGCUUAUUCAAAUCCAAGGUCACCCGCUAUCUCUGUUUCACCAGAAAAAACCAAGACAGUGUAGUUGUGGACAUGAAGUUCAUUGACCUCCGAGAUGCCAUGCCAAUGGGCUUCACGCCCGUCCUGGAAACGUUGGACACCAAGGAGCCUGCGCUGAGGAAGAGGAGGCUCUGUGUGAAGAUCUGCCCGCGUGCUUCGGCCCAGACGGUUCUCUAUGACAUUCAGGUCAUGGGCCGGUCCAAGCUCCCCCGUACUCGCUACACCUGUAUCGGUGAGUUGAACAAUAUGAGCAUAUGGUACAGUGCCGGAGAUCUUCCUCCAACACAGAGGGGCCUGCCCUCCGUCGCCAAUAAAACCAAAACCAGCACAGCAAGCCCAGCUACCAGCGCUGCAACCAGGCCACACUUUGAGCAUCAGGCCUGCGGGUCCUACGCCUUGUCAGUUUCAAUACAACUUCAGCACAGAGAGAAGCAUUGCCCUUUGACCUUCCCUUAAAGCAACGCAUCAGAAAGGAGCCGCGGUGUCAUCAAGGCUGUGAUGCAACACAACGUCUUAUUAACAUAUUUUAAAGGUCUAAAUAAUUGUGACCACAAUAAAUCCUGGUUAUCUGGAUAGCUUAAUGAUUAUAUAUUGUAGAUUUUGAACCAUCAUAAUUUAACAUGAAGCAUCGAAUGUUUGUAAAUAUAACAAUGUCAGUAUUUUUAUUUUUUUAAUUGUUUUUAUCAAAUUAGAAUAGCCAACAUUUAACAAGGAACCAUAUUUUUUAUCAUAUGUUUAGUUUUCAACCCUGGAAAUUGUUGAUCCUUGAAAAUAAACAAUGAAAAUAUUAACUAAUUAAUCAUGAAUAAAAUGUUUCAUCAACCUUUAUAGUAGUUGUCUUUAAGUGAGUGUGGCCCCCAUCACUUCACUGAGUCCUCCACGAUGGCUCUGCUCUGGCUCAGGCUGGGUCCCUGCUGCUCAUCCGAGGAACAGGAGCAACGCUGUCACAGAUUAGCAGUGAGCAAAACAAGAGGGAAUACAAGUCCCCAGCCUGGGCUCAGUGACGGCAACACCGCUCGUGUUCCGGCGAACAGCGUCUCUUCAUCACAAAACCCCUCAUGGGCGGCGAGUGGAUCACAGAACCUGGAACAUGGAAACCUAGGGCCCCCUCGGAGCCACGCCCACGCGUAGGGGUCUACUGGUCUUAACUUAUAGGAACGAAAGCCUUUAAACUGUAAACGUGUCGUAUGCAUUAUGUAGAAGAUUCUGUCAAAUCCAAUCUAAGCAUAAAUGAUGCAUGUGUAUGGGUGUAUUGAUUCCUGGUGGAAGUUAGUGAGGAUUUUUUUUUAUAUUCAAAGGUUAUGUUCAAGAUAGAAAAAGAGGGGUCUUAAGCUUAACAUCAAACAAAACCUGCAGCAUUACAUUUGUUUUGCUCAUUUUGCAAAACUUGCCACUUGAAAUUAAAACCCAAAUACAAAAAGAUGC